CUACUAGGCAGGGUCCUGUCUACACAUUGGACUGAGUCAGUGUUAGGAGGACAUUCAGUCAUGUCUGAGGUGCGGGGUGGUGUUCUGCUGCUGCUGUUGGGCCUUCUGUACCUCGGGACACUUUGGCCGGUCCAGGGAGCCCUGCUGGUCUCUCGCUACGAUGCUACGACGAAGGAGACAGAAGGUGCCAUCAGGUCCAUUCAGAAAAGAAGUGUAGACGAUGCAAAGAUGGUGGAGGUGCUCAGUGUCACAGUACACUGUACGGUGGCUUCUCGGUUCACUCACACAGUCAUGACCUCCACUGCUUUGAACAAAGCCAACUCCUCCCAGGAAAUAUUCUUCGAGGUGGACCUGCCCAAGACGGCAUUCAUCACCAACUUCAGCAUGGAGAUUGAGGGUCAGAUCUAUGUUGGGGUUGUGAAUGAAAAGGAGCAAGCCAAGAAACAGUAUGAGAAGGCUGUUUCAAGUGGACGGACAGCUGGACUGGUCAAAGCUUCUGGAAGGAAAAUGGAGAAGUUCUCUGUGUCUGUCAACAUUGCAGCCGAGAGCAAUGUGACCUUCAUCCUGACCUAUGAGGAGCUUCUUCAAAGGAAAUUUGGCAAGUAUGAGAUCCUGACCCGAAUAAACCCUAAACAGCUGGUCGAGAACUUUCAGAUUGUGGCUGAUAUCUAUGAGCCCCAGGGCAUUGCCUUUGUGGAUGCCCAUGCAACCUUCCUUUCCAAUGAACUUCUCCCCCUGGUGGAGAAAACGGUCACAGACAACAAGGCACACAUCUCCUUCUCGCCCACGCUGGAUCAGCAGAGGAAGUGUCCAGAGUGUGAUGGGUCUCUGAUCAAUGGGGAUUUCAUCAUCAAGUAUGACGUGAAACGAGCGUCAAGCCUAGGAGACAUUCAGAUCGUGAACGGAUACUUUGUGCAUUUCUUUGCUCCUCCGGAUCUUCCCCGUAUCCGAAAAAAUGUGGUGUUUGUCAUUGACAGGAGUGGGUCAAUGGCAGGCCCUAAGAUGAUCCAGACCCGCGUGGCAAUGGAAUCAAUUCUCUCAGACGUCCAUCCAGACGACUACUUUGGUAUCAUCUUAUUUGAUAGUUCAAUUGAGCCCUGGAAACAAUCCCUUACCAAAGCAACAGAGGAAAACGUGGAUGAAGCCAUUAAAUUUGUCCGGCAAAUAUAUCCUAGGGGAACCACUAACAUCAAUGAUUCCGUAAUGAAGGCCAUCCACAUGCUGCAAGAUGACAGAAGGAACAAGAAGCUCCCAGAGAGAAGUGUGGACAUGAUCAUUUUACUAACCGAUGGAAUGCCAAAUGAGGGUGAAAGCAACCUUCAAAGGAUCCAGCAGAACGUGUGCGAAGCCAUCGGUGGUAAUAUGACUCUGUUCUGCCUGGGCUUUGGGGAUGAUGUGGAUUACUCCUUCCUGGACGUGAUGGCCAAACAGAACAAUGGCGUGGCCCGAAGGAUCUACGAAGCCUCCGACGCUACCCUUCAGCUGCAGGGUUUCUACGAUGAGGUGGCUAGCCCGCUGUUGUCAGCAGUGGACCUGCGUUACCCUGACAACGCGGUGGAUUCCUUAACCCCUCAUCACUUCAGUCAGUUGUUCAAUGGCUCAGAGAUCGUGGUGGCCGGGCGGCUGUCUGAAAACGACAUGGACAACUUCCUGGUGGAAGUGUUUGCCAAUGGGUUCGAGCAGGACUUCCAGGUGCAGGGCGAGGCUAGUGUCACCGACUGGGACGUGAUCUACCCAGAGAAGGAUUACAUCUUUGGGGACUUCACUGAGCGCCUGUGGGCCUACCUCACCAUCCAACAACUACUGGAGACCAGUAAGAGUGGGCCAGCAGAGAAGAAGAGCAACGCCACGGCCAAAGCCCUGGAGAUGUCCCUGAAGUACAGCUUUGUCACGCCCCUCACCUCCAUGGUGGUCACCAAGCCUGAGACCGAGGAUGGUCCCAGCGGGCCCCUCAUAGCAGACAAGCUGACUGAGGAACAACGGCAGCAGGCUGACAAACAGGGUGUAAGUUAUCUGCACUCAGCCCCUCAAACAGGCUACAUGACAGCUGCUGUUGCUCCUCAUCCUACAUACUUUGGCGGUAUAGGUGCAACAUAUCUGCACUCAGCCCCUCAAACAGGCUACAUGACAGCUGCUGUUGCUCCUCAUCCUACAUACUUUGGCGGUAUAAGUGCAACAUAUCUGCACUCAACCCCUCAAACAGGCUACAUGACAGCUGCUGUUGCUCCUCAUCCUACAUACUUUGUGGAUGGAGAUCCUCAUUUCAUGAUCGAACUGCCAGAGAGAGAGGACGCUCUGUGCUUCAACAUCAAUGACUCACCUGGAACCAUCUUUAACCUGGUCAAAGACCCCUCCAUAGGACUUUUGGUCAAUGGUCAGACCAUUGGAGAUAAGAUGGUUGCCCCUGAUGGUAAAGUCAACACCUACUUUGGCCGCCUUGGUGUUGUCCAUCACUCCCUGGGGGUGAGGCUGGAGGUGACCACUGAGUACAUCACUCUGUCCCAGGAUGGACAAAAGGUCAAGCUGCUGUGGUCAGAUCCAGCUUCCCUAAAAGGACCCAGUGUGGAUCUGCUUUUGACCAAGGACCGGAGCGUCAAGGUGACUUUAAGAGAUUCUGUAAAGUUUGUGAUCCUGCUCCACAAAGUGUGGAAGAUGCACCCCUACCACCAGGACUACCUGGGAUUCUACACUCUGGACAGCCACCUUCUCUCUCCAUCCGUCCAUGGUCUGCUAGGUCAGUUCUACCAUGGGAUUGAGUUUGAAGUUGGAGAUCAACGUCCAGGAGAGGUUCCUGAGAAACCAGACGCCACCAUGUAUGUCAAAGGACAUCAGCUCAAUGUGACCAGAGGUUGGCAACGGGACUUCAGGAAGGAUUUGAAGAGAGGAAAAAAUGUCCCAUGCUGGUUCAUCCACAGCAAUGGGACAGGGCUCAUUGAUGGCAGUGCUGAAGAUUACAUCGUGUCAGGCCUCUUUAAGACAGUUUGACAAGUAGCAGACAAGCUCAUCAAUACUGCGGCACAGUGUAGCUCUUUCACCACACCUUUUCAGUGUUGUAUUAAUAAUAUGCAAGUGUAAUAAGCAUGAGACUCUUAAUGAAGUUCCAAUGCUAUCAAAUUAAUAAAGAAACCCUUGAUUGACCACAGUGCUACAAUAGAGCACCGUAGAGAUCUUUGGAGUUUUGUGAAUGACCAGACAGACACCUGUCAGUUUUUAUUUUCAAGCUCUACAUAGAGUAGUUAAGGAAUCGAUUGGCCGACUGACACAUUUUUAUCAUAAAUAAAUCAUUUAGGUAGUUUAUCGAAUAUUUGUUUUACAAAUGUGCUUUUUAAUUUGCAUUUCAAUUCAAAUAUGAAUGGAUCAUUAUAAAAGGAAUCAUUUCUUGCUCGA